GAUACUGUUAAGGUUGUGCAGGGGGCUCGGUACUCAUGCGAAAUUUCCGCCUCAAGUCUGGGAUAUGCAGUAUAACUGAAGUCGCGAGGAUCGACCUCAGAUCACUUCUUACCUACAAAGGAUCUCAUAGAUUCCUGGAAAUAUGAAGAGCGGAUUCCCUAUUACGACUUGGCUCCUCUUUCUCUUCGCUGUUGGGAGUCGCGGAUUGAACCUUUGCCCACCAUAUGACGAAACUUUUCCGUGUUCCUGUAUUCCUCACGAGAUUGCAGUCGUAAAUUUCUUUUGUUUUGAUGUGACAGUGCCAGAAAUCCUCUACAUCUUCAAUAAUGUCACCUGGCACGUCAAGGAAUUACAUUUCCUAACAAUGAACGCAUUAGACAUAGCGGAACUUCCAGAGGGUGUGUUUGGGGAUGUCUCCUUCCAAGAAAUGUGGCUGCAGGAUAACAGGCUUCUUACGAGCGUCCAUGCCACUGCGCUUCUCCCUUCGAAAAACCGGCUGGUGAAGAUUGUUCUGGAAAGGGGAUACGUGAAUUCCUUCCCGUUCGAUAUCCUCCCGGAGAUGACGGCGCUGAAAGAACUGAAAAUGGCCUCUAAUUCUUUGACCGAAGUCCCCGUCCUAAGGAGCAACAGCCUGGAAAUUCUCGAUCUUGCCUACAAUCGGAUUCGAUCCUUGAAAGAAGGAGCCUGGUCCUUGCCAAAUCUCGCAACUUUUCUUCUCCAUGGAAACGAACUGAUGACGCUCCCAGCUGGAAUGGUGUCAAACAUGGAGAGAUUGGUUUUCUUCGAAUGUUCGAUGAACCACCUGGGGCCUACCCUCCCGAAGGACUCGCUGAAUUUUGCCAGCCCCGCCUUGCAAUCUGUUAGACUGCAUGGCAACAGGAUAUCAAGCCUGGAACCAGGCGCCAUCACUGGUUUGCACGUCAAUACUUCCCUGCUCUUCCAUGCGAAUUUCAUCGAAGUACUGGACGAAGCUUCCUUCCGACCAAUUGUGGAAUCCAUUCUGUCGGGGAGUGGAUAUUUAGAAUUGAAUGGUAAUCCGUUAGCGUGCGAUUGUGACCUCGCCUGGCUUGUGAUAAACGGAGGACUUCGUUUUGAAGUCACUGGAUUUUGUAGGAACGACGAAACUCCAGUGGCAGAAUUGGAUCCUGAGGAGUACAUACAAUUCUGCACGUAACCCUAUUCAUCCCUGCAGACCCGAAAGGCCCCCAUUUUAAUGAAAAUACAAUGCCU